UUCGUGUGUCACCUAGCUUUUGGCCACCAUGAAGCUCUGCCUCCUCCUCCUCGUCGCGCCUCUGGUGUCUGGUUCUGUCACAUUGAUUGAGGACGACUUGGUUCCUAUCGGUGCAUCCAUAUCUCUACCCCGGUCUACGAGGCCAAUUCUCUCUCGCCUAUCGUAUUCCCACAAAGAAAAGGACAAUUGGGGUAAUGCAUUAGAAAAGGAUCGAAAGAAAAUUACAAUUCGGUCUUCGAAGAAUGACCAUGACGAUAUCAGCGAUGACUUCCUGUGGGCAAUGAAGAAGGCGAACCAUGGAGGCCUUGUCCACUUGGAAAAGGGGAAGAAAUACGUGAUUGGGAAGAAGUUAGACUUGACAUUUUUGAAGGAUGUGUACGUGAAGCUAGAUGGAGAGCUGAAGUUCACAAACGACAUUAAGUACUGGCAAGCCAACAACUUCUACUAUGACUUCCAGAAGAGCAUCACCUUCUGGGUUUGGGGCGGAAAAGAUAUUAAAAUCUACGGUUCCGGCGUCAUCAACGGUAAUGGUCAGGCAUGGUGGGACGGCUUUUCUGGCGCUGAGAUUCUCGACCCGAAUAACAAAUACUACCGCCCCAUCCUCUUUCUUACUGACAAUGCUACAAAUGUCGAGGUCACUGGUCUUCAUUUGAAAGAUUCGCCUUGCUGGACAACAUUCAUGGUCCGCACAAAGAACGUAGUUUUUGACAACAUCUACAUCGAUGCAGUCUCAACCAAUGCUUCAUCCCUCCCCAAAAAUACCGACGGAUUUGACUCUCUCAAUGUCGACGGGCUAACGGUAACGAACACACGCGUCAAUGUCGGAGACGACUGUUUUAGCCCGAAACCCAACACGACCAACAUCCUCGUCCGCAAUCUUUGGUGCAAUGGUACUCACGGUGUCAGCAUGGGUAGUAUCGGCCAGUAUGCCGGUGUCAAAGACUACAUCUCCAACGCCUGGAUCGAAAACGUGACGUUACUCAACGGCCAAAACGGCGCCAGGCUGAAAGCCUGGGCAGGGCCAUCCGUCGGAUAUGGGUACAUCGACAACAUCACAUAUAAAGACAUCCACAUCGAGAAUACGGACAAUCCAGUGGUUCUUGACCAGUGCUACUUUAAUAUAAACGAGACAACGUGCGCGGCGUAUCCUUCCAAGGUGAACAUCACCAACGUCAAUUUCCUAAACAUCUAUGGCACGAGCAGUGGAAAAGAAGGCCGAGUCGUCGCGGACUUGACGUGUUCUCCCGGGGCAACAUGCAGUGGCAUUCACCUCGAGAAUAUCAACAUCACAAGUCCUGCUGGAUCUCCGCCUGAGAUUGUAUGUGACAAUAUUCAAGGAGAUAUUGGGGUUGAGUGUAUUCCGGCCAGCGAAGCAUGA